AUGGCGGAAGGGUUUUGCAAAAACUUCUACAGCAACAAGCUGGAUCAUCUGGAGGUGCAGAUAGCAAAGAAGACCAAGAUACUUCGUGUAUUGGAACAAAAGCGUGCUGAGUUGAAUAGAAGGGUUAGAUUUCUUAGAGAAGAGAUAUCCAUCGUUCAGGAGCCCAGCUCCAAUGUUGGAGUGGUUGUGGAAAAAAUGGGAAAGAUGCAGGUUCUGGUGAAAACAAAUCCUGAUGGUAAGUAUCUAGUGAAGGUGGAGCCUGGAGUAAACUAUGAUGAACUCAAGGCUGGCGUAAGGGUUGCUCUGCGUAGCGACUCAUAUGAUGUCCACAGGAUACUUCCCACAAAGGUGGAUCCGCUUGUGUCACUUAUGAUGGUUGAAAAGGUUCCCGACUCGACGUAUCAAAUGAUAGGAGGCCUUGACGAACAGAUCAAAGAGAUUAGGGAGGUCAUCGAGCUUCCAAUCAAGCAUCCAGAGUUAUUCGAGAAUCUUGGGAUAGCGCAGCCAAAGGGAGUACUUUUAUAUGGGCCUCCCGGAACUGGCAAGACUUUACUGGCAAGAGCCGUGGCUCAUCAUACACAAUGCAAGUUCAUAAGGGUCUCUGGAUCUGAGCUGGUUCAAAAGUACAUUGGAGAGGGGUCUAGGCUGGUGAGGGAGCUUUUUAUCAUGGCUAGAGAGCAUGCACCGUCUAUUAUAUUCAUGGAUGAGAUCGACUCCAUCGGGUCCACAAGGGGAGACUCCAACAAAGGGAGUGACAGUGAGGUCCAACGAACCAUGCUUGAGCUACUCAAUCAACUCGACGGAUUCGAGUCGCACAACAACAUCAAGGUUAUCAUGGCUACCAAUAGAAUCGACAUUCUCGAUCCUGCCCUGUUGAGGACUGGUAGAAUUGAUAGGAAGAUUGAGUUCCCCCCGCCAAACGAAUCUGCAAGACUUGAGAUCCUGAAAAUCCACUCGAGAAAGAUGAAUCUUACCAAGGGAAUUGAUCUUGAGACCAUAGCAAGCAAGAUGGUUGGAUGUUCUGGGGCAGAAGUUAAGGCCGUAUGUACAGAGGCUGGAAUGUAUGCUUUGAGGGAGAGAAGAGUUCAUGUGACGCAGGAAGACUUUGAAAUGGCAGUCCAUAAGGUAUUGAAGAAGACUGGGGAUCUGAACUCUGACCUCAGAAAGCUUCUAAAAUAA